CAUCGUUCCCGGGUCACAGCUGGACGCCGUCCUCCCCGGCCCGUCUGUCUCUGAGCUCGGUGGACGAGACCACGGAGACCUCAGAGGACACGUCCCGCUCCAGAGCUGCAGACCAGCACCAGUGGAUGGAGGAGUUCAGUCACCCGGUGGAGAGUCUGGCUCUCACCGUGGACGAGGUCAUCAACGUGCGCCGGGUGCUGGUCAAGGCCGAGAUGGAGAAGUUCCUCCAGAACAAAGAGCUUUACAACAACCUGAGGAGAGGCAAGGUCUGCUGCUGCUGCAGAGUCAAGUUCCCUCUCUUCUCCUGGCCGUCCACGUGCCUCCUGUGUAAAAGAUCCGUCUGUGGCUCCUGCAGCGCGAAGAUGAAGAUUCCCUCGAAGAAGAUGGCUCAUAUCCCCGUGUACACGGUGGGAUUCCACAGCACGCCCAAGAGCCACGGACACAAGAGCCAGGUCUAUAAGUCCCUGAGGACGUUGUCCCGGCGCUCGGUGGAGGAGGAGUUCCCUCACCUCUACGCUCACGGCUGCACGCUGCGCGACGUCUGCGCCGACUGCACCAAGUUCGUGGCCGAUGUCAUUUCCUCCAGCCGCCGGAGCCUGGACCUCCUCAACAACACGCCCAAGAGGGAGGCCAGGGCGGCUGCUCCGAGGCCGCAGCGCCAGUCCCACCUGGAGACUCCUCCUCAGCCUCACCCCCCCCCAGCCUCCCCCCCAGCUCCUCCCCAGGCCCCUCAGCAGCAGCAGCUUCUUCACGCAUCAUUGCCUCCUUCAUCGCCGCAGCUCCGCACCGAGACGAUCAACAAUGUGAACCAAUGAUUAGAUACACACUGUUUGACACCGCACACAAACACACACACACACUCACACACCCUCCCUGUGUUUCUCCUGCUGUUGUAAUACUCGAGCCUCAGAUGUCUCCUCGCUCGCUGGAGCCUUGAGGACCUGUAGACGUGUUGCUCUGGGGAGGAUCCAGCUGUGUGAAGGACACGUCCACAGAGGACACGUCUUCUGAGAUGAGACGCACUUUAUGAUCCAGUGAACUCUUCUUCUAAUGAAGACCUUAAUGAAAUGAUGUGAAACGCUGUACAGAGAGUUUUUAGUGACUCGUCAUCCGGCUGCUUAUCGCUCCCACAUCUCACGUGCACACACAUGCACAGAGCUCCUCACGUGCACACACAUGCACAGAGCUCCUCACGUGCACACACAUGCACAGAGCUCCUCACGUGCACACACAUGCACAGAGCUCCUCUCCUCAGAGGCUUUCAGCAGGAGCCAGUUCUCCCUGCAGCUCCAGGACCUGACGCCCCGGGAGCUCACUGCUUCACUCUGAGGUGGAGGUGGGGGUGGAGGUGGGUGGAGACAUGCACCCUGAACAUUUUAGCUCCCUGUUGCUGCCUUGUGUUUACUCAUGAAUGUAAUGUAGAGGAACUGAACAGAAUGACAUUUAAUCAAAUUCUAAGCUCGCACAUAUGAUAUUAACUUUUAUCCUUAAAAGGGGAUUUAUCCAACGAGCGCCUGCUGCUUUCAAAAGUCCCGGGAACGAGCGGCUGAGGUUCGAUGGUGAUGACACUGUGAAUGUAGAGGGGCUGAUUGACUGAUGGAAGUCUCUCUCUCUCUCUCUUUCUGUCUCUGUCUCUCUCUCUCUCUCUCUCUCUCUUCUUGUAAUCUGCUCUCUUUCCUUUGUUGUAAACACUAGAAAAACCUCAACUGCAAUAAAACCCAACAACAAACACGA